CUGAUUUGUAAUAAGCCUGUGUAUGCCUGUACCUAGCUUAAUACAAUGCACAUAAUUAGAAGAAAUUAAAUAUAUACUGAACCAUAAGAUCCUUUUUGUUUUAUAGGUUCCAUAAUAAGAUGAUGAAAAUGGGAAAUGAGACAAAUAUUAAAGAAUUCAUCUUAGAGGGAUUUCCUGCUGUCCAGCACCUAGGAAAACUCUUUUUUGUGGUAUUUCUACUAUUAUAUCUUGUGUCUAUCAUAGGAAAUACAAUCAUUGUCAUGAUCAUGUGGUUGGACCAUCGCCUCCAAAUACCAAUGUACCUUUUCCUGAGUGGAUUCUCUUUUCUAGAAUGCUGUUUUACAACAAGUGUUAUUCCCAAAUUGUUGACAAUCUUUCUCUCGGGUAUGCAAACUAUUUCUUUUGCUGCCUGCCUCACUCAAAUCUUUGUCUUUAUUUCUCUUGGGGUAACGGGAUUCUUUCUCAUAGCUGUGAUGUCGAUGGAUCGAUACUUAGCAAUUUGCAAUCCUCUGCAUUACCCCAGUAUCAUGACAAUGAAGGUCUGUUUCCUUUUGAUAUUAUUCUGUUGCAGUAUGGGUAUCCUCAUAACAACUAGUGUAGUUGUAAAGGUGUCUCAGCUAUCCUUCUGUGGCUCAAAUAUCAUCAAACAUUUCUUAUGUGAUCUUGGUCCUCUGACACAACUCUCAUGCUCUGACACAAGUUUUAUUGAAUCAUUGGCUUUUUUCCUUGCUCUGUUUAUCAUUCUUUCCUCCCUUACUGUUACAAUGAUAUGCUAUAUCAACAUUACAAUCACGAUACUGCGUCUCCCUUCAGCCAAGGAACGCCAGAAAGCUUUUUCCACUUGUUCCUCUCACCUUAUUGUCCUCUCUCUAAUAUAUGGCAGCUGCAUUUUUAUAUAUAUAAAACCCAAUCAAGCCAAUAAAUUAGACACCAAUCGAGAGGCAGCUCUCAUGAACACUGUAGUUACCCCUGUGCUAAACCCUUUCAUUUAUACUUUACGAAAUAAGCAAUUCAAACUGGCUCUAAGGGAUGUUAUUUACAAAGUGAAAUUGUUUAGAUAGUCAACAUGUUAAAGUUGAAAGACAAAUUAAUUCAAUUCUCCAUACACUCUUAAAAUUUCUAAUGAUAAGAAAACCAUUUUCUCAUCAGAUAGCCCACUGUUGGUCAGUUAUAACAUGAUACAAACACUUUAAUUUUUACAAUAAAUGUCUCUGAUAAAUAUCUCAUUUCUCAAGUCAAAUUGAUAAUACAAGCCAUCCUUCAAUUGAUAAAUGCUCAAAGGAUAUAGUUUUUGAGACAAAGAAGUGAAAGAUAUUUAUAGCCACAUGAAGAAAUGCUCUAAAUCACUUUUCCUUA